AUGGGAAAGCCGAAGGGACUCUGUACGGCCCGUAAGCUUAAAACACAUCGCCAAGAGCAACGAUGGAACGAUAAGAGAUACAAGAAGGCUCAUAUUGGAACUCGCUGGAAGUCCAACCCAUUCGGAGGAGCUUCCCACGCCAAGGGAAUCGUUCUCGAAAAGAUGUGAGUUUGAAAUUCUUCUUCAUUCACAUGUUUUAUCUUGAAUUUCCUUCAGCGGAGUCGAAGCCAAACAGCCAAAUUCUGCUAUCCGCAAAUGCGUUCGUGUCCAACUCAUCAAGAACGGAAAGAAGAUCACCGCUUUCGUGCCAAAUGACGGUUGCUUGAACUUUGUUGAAGUGAGUUAUUUUUUUCUAUUUUUUUUUUACCUUUUACUUACAUCUCGUCUAUUUUACUGAAAUAGCAAGUUUACUUUUCUCCGAAUAAAAAAUCACUAAUUUUUCUGAACUAACUGUUAUCGUAGUUGUUUCAUGCGAGGUCCAGAGUCACCUUACCGGAUACGUGCGGGUUGGGUGCUAGGAUUGCUCGAAAAUAAAAUUGGGACAUUAUGCAAAUAGAACUCGCGUUCUGCUCUUCUAUUUCACCUCCGUUCCAGACAAUAAACUAGACGAGAAUAAAUCACCAUUAGUUCCACUCUGAUUCCCUAACUAUUACAUUUUCCAGGAAAACGAUGAAGUACUUGUAUCUGGAUUCGGUCGUUCCGGUCACGCCGUCGGAGAUAUUCCCGGAGUUCGUUUCAAGAUCGUCAAGGUCGCCAACACCUCCCUCAUUGCCUUGUUCAAGGGAAAGAAGGAAAGACCACGUUCGUAA